GGCCAGCCUUCGCUCGUGCCUUUCUUGCAGUGCGUGCCAUGUCCGUGGCUGUGUCGUCAGGCUGGACGAGGGAGAGGGAGAGGGAGGGACGGGAGGGAUGGAGGGAGGUAAGAGGAGUGGGCGUCUAGGCUGCUGAGGCAGGCUGCUGGCUGGCUGGCUGGGCCGAGGCUGGAUCCUGUUCUCGGUGAUCUAAUUGCUUGUGCCGAGGUGGAUUCAGGUGGCGUAUUGUGUUGCUCCUCCCGCUGCUGCUGUUAUUUUCGUCGCUGUGAUCUAAUUCUUCUGAUGCCGGAAUCGCGCUAGCUCCGCGUUCCUUGAGUUGGGAGGAGAAUUCUUGGUGGUCGGCGUGGGAUGCUAAUCCCAAAAGAGGGCCAAGAAGCAGGCAAUUUGGCUGAGGAGAGAAAUGUCUGCAAAGUUUUGGUCUUUGUCCACAUCGGGCAGAGCUGAUCGUGGCCUUCGGCGAGUUAGCCAUUCUUGUGCGAGAGAAUAUUUGAUAUCGAACCAGGAGAGAUCAGUGUUGUAUCUAACAGAUGACAACGAAUUCCGAACAGGAGGAGCAGGCUACCAAACUGGCCAGUAACUUUUGGAGCAAGAAAGUCUCGGAGGUCUCUCGAUCCCUACAUUUGAAGGCAGGGGAGUCUCUCAUUCUUGGGUUGAUGGAGAAACCGCGCAAUCAAGUCAGGCGACUGCACGAUAAAAUUUGGGGAGCGAAGUGGACUAGUGGAACUGCUUCGAACAGCACAAUCUGGGUCUUGGGCGCCUCUUAUGAAUUCCAACCCGAGACUCGGGAUGAGCCUGUCGCUGAAUUUUUACUCGAUUUCUCUUCCAGGGUGUGGCUCACGUACAGGCGGGGUUUUGAAGCAUUGGGCCAAUCAAAAUUCACAAGUGAUGUUGGGUGGGGUUGCAUGUUACGCAGUGGCCAAAUGCUCUUAGCUCAGGCCCUUGUUUGUCAUCAUUUAGGGAGGGGUUGGAGGCUGGACCCAGACCAGCCUCUUGAGCGCAAAUAUCUGGAGAUAUUGCAAAGCUUUGGAGACUGUCGUGGUGCUUUGUAUCCCUUUUCGAUACACAACUUGUUGGAGCGCGGAAGCCCUUAUGGUCUAGUUGCAGGGUCCUGGUUGGGCCCAUAUGCCCUGUGUCGCACAAUCGAAGCACUUGCUCUGGCCGACAUAGAAGCUUCAAAGAAUGAGAAACAGAAGCGCGCACUUCCUAUGGCAGUUUGCGUUGUAUCUGGGGAUGCGGAAGGUGAACGAGGUGGUGCCCCUGUUCUGUUCAUCGAGGAUGUGACGGAUAAAUGCGCUGAAUGGGAGGAUGGUCCGGGCAAAUGGGCUCCACUGUUAGUGCUUGUGCCUCUUGUUUUGGGGCUAGAGAAAGUCAAUCCACGGUAUUUGCCAUCCUUAAGGGCAACCUUCUCAUUUCCUCAGAGUCUUGGCAUCGCUGGAGGGAAGCCAGGAGCGUCACACUAUCUAGUUGGAAUACAAGAUGAUCAGGCGUUGUACCUUGAUCCUCAUGAAACGCAGCAGGCGGUGAGCAUUUCACCUGACGAUGUGGAAGCAGAUACCCACUCAUAUCACUGCAGAGAAGUACGACGCAUGCCUCUCGACGCUAUCGAUCCCUCAUUAGCUCUCGGUUUCUAUUGUAAAAGUCGAGAGGACUUCGAUGAUCUUUGCACACGAGCGUCAGAACUCGCCACGCAAUCUCAAGGAGCACCAAUGUUUACCGUUGCACAGGGCAGGAGCAGAAAACAUUCCACCGAUGGCUUCAAUCUUGACAAGCUUAGCAUAGAUGUACAGGAGUCCUCAACGAAAGAUCAUGUAAAUGCAGACACAGCUUCUUCUCCCGAGGAUGACUGGCAGAUUCUUUAAUUUCUUGGCCCGUUCAAAAGUUAGAACAAUUGAUGAGUAUGUGAAUAUACCAUUGUGAUUGAUCAAUAAGACCCAGCUGUGCAAGACCCCGGAGCUCCCACUAGCAUGUUUCGCGAUGUAGAUGUAGUCAUAUAUGACCGAUUUGAGCUGCACAACAAUUCUAAUAUACAUAUUUCGCAGCAUGGAGCUCCUAUUGGUUGGUCAUUGCUCAGGCCAUCUUCCCCGUCAGCCGUACUGUAGGCCUUGCUUUAUCUCAUCCAGGAGCCCGUGUCAUGAAGGAUCGUUGUGACCUGUACAGAGGGAAUACUUGUGAGAAACCUCCGAUUGAGGGAACUGCUUUCAGAUUACAGUUGGAAGUUACAGUCACCUAGAACCACAAGUCUCUCCACGAGCAUGUCAGUAAAGGUUUUAAAGCUCUUUCAAGUUAUC